CACAAGCCAACGUCUCCUAGCAACCGUCUCAGCAAAGGAUGGCCAACCUGUCGGCUGAGGGCGUUGCGACAGUCAUUGAGCUGCAGCAGAAACGGGGGCGCAAGUAUCUGAGAGAGCUUCUGCAAUGGAAGGAGUUUGACGAAAUCCGGGAUUUGAGUCGAAGCAUCCAACUUGACACCAUCUACUACAGCCUGGUGUUUGCUGCCGAGAAAGGCUUGCCCUGGUCAGCUGUGGCCGAAGUCGGGAACUUGACAGUCGAACUGCUGGAUGAAACCAAAGGUUUGCCCAUUUCACUGGCCAUCCGGCUCCUACAAGAGAAGCUAACUGCCUUCCGAGUGAGGCUGCCCGCUGACAAAGCUCGCGCUGUGUGUGAUUACUUUUAUAACACUUUCAUCAAGCAUUACUGGCUGUACCAGUUCACAUUAGGGCGGGAGAGAGACCGCUGUCAGACCUUUACCAGCCUCGAAGUUUACUGUCCGCCCACACCUCUGCCUCUGAUGGAAGGCAUAGAUGUUGAAGUCUGGAAGUACCAGCAACAGUUGGCCACCCUCUCUGAGACAGAAGCCCAGAAGAGGGCUGAGAUGGUGGUAAUCCGAGAAACCUUGGCCCGGGAGAGGGAACGUAUGCUGCAGAAAGUUUACACUGAUGUCCGACGACAAGAAAAGGUCCUUAGCAAAGAGGCUCUGGUGUGCCUUGUCAAAGAAGUAAUUAAGACCCAGGUCCAGAAUCUGUGUGAAAUUCUUCAGACUGAGAUCCAGGCCACCUUUGAAAUCUUGCAAUUGAAGCUCCAGAAGAAGGCCCUGAUGCUCAGCCCCCCAGUCCCGUAUCCUCCACCACCCAGCCCUGAAGACAAAAGGAGAUCCAGCAAAAGUCAGAAGAAGCAGGAGAAAACAAAGGGCAAGGAUGAGGGCAAGGAAGAGAAAAAGAAGAAAAAGAAGAAAUAA